CGUCGGGGGCCGCGUCGGGCCGCGUUUCGAAGCGCAGUGGCGACUUAUCAUGGCGGCGUGAUUUUUUUUUUUAGCCUGCCAGUCCGUGUGUGUCGCUCGCGCUCUCUCUGUCCCUCUUCCUCUCCCCCCACUUUCUCUCUCUCUCUCUCUCUCUCUCUUGUCCCCUCCCCCUGCGCCCGUACAUGACGUCCCUCGAGGAAUUCACUCGUGUUUCACUUGCGGGAGUUGCGGGAGUUAACUAACGCACGAGCGACCGCGACGAGGAGACCGCGCGGACUGUGUCGCGUGUGAGAGACCGAAUCCGGAAUCCCGUGAAACCUCGUCCACCGGGAACCUGGGGCCCCCGCCCGCACGUCGCCCGACGAGCCCCGACGUCGUCUCUCGCCUCCUGGGAAACGGAGCGCCGCGCGCGACUUAUACCGACGAACAAGGCCCCCGCGUUUUUAGUUCAAGAACCCUUUUUAUGUACGUGCAACGCGCACACGUACGCGAGCGUAUGUAUGCGCACGUACAUUUGUUUACAAAUUUCGUGCUCCCCCGCCGCCGAUAGCUGCGGCGGCGGUCCCCCUCGCAUCGCGACCGCGGCGGCGUUCGCCGGACGAUGUAGCGGUGCUCCGCGGUGGAUACCCAGCUGAAAAGGAUAGCCUUCCCCUAUCAUCUUGUACCUUGUGACUUUUUAAAGAUACGCCAGGAUGAACAAGCGGCGUAGAACGUCGUCGGUGGCGAGUCGCGGCACCGAGGACGACAGCGACGACGUCCCGCCCGAGCCGACGAAGAGGAGGAAAAAACUGGAUCCUAGCGACCUGUGCCAACAACUGUACGAUAUACUUCGCAAUCAGAAGAAGGAGGAUGGAUCCUUGUUGUGCGACGCGUUUAUACGUGUGCCGAAACGCCGGCAGGAGCCGGGAUACUACGAGGUUGUCUCCAAUCCUAUAGAUCUGUUGAAAGUGCAGCAGAAACUGAAAACGGACGAGUAUCGCGAUAUGGACGACCUAGCCGCUGAUAUUCAGCUUAUGGUGAACAACGCCAAAGCUUUCUACAUGCGUACCUCCCCUGAAUACAAAGAUGCGACUGAACUGUGGGAACUGUGUGUAAAUACUAAAAAUCGUAUCAUGGAGGAGUACGAAGAGCCAGAACCUAAGGGAAAACUUAUUCUAAAAGUUGGCAGAUUGGCGCGUAAAGUAACGACGCGACAAGACGAUGCGGAAGAUACUUCGGAAAGUUCUACGAAUCUCGACGAGGAAACUAUGCAGCUAUUCGAAGAUUUGUUUGCGGCGGUUAUGACAGCGACUGAUCCCACUGACAAUAACAGACCUCUUCAUAUUAUGUUUCAACUCAAACCGUCUAAAAAGCUUUAUCCCGAAUAUUACGACGUCAUCGAGACCCCGAUCGAUUUGAAGACCAUCGCGAGGAAGAUUCAAGAGGGUGCAUACAGCUCACUCGGCGAUAUGGAGAAAGAUCUAAUGCUCAUGUGCCGUAACGCCUGUCAAUUUAACGAACCUGGCUCGCAGAUUUAUAAGGAUGCCAAACUUUUGAAAAAGAUAAUUACCGCAGCCGCGAGAAGACAAGACGGCGGAUUUGGCAAUACCCUUAAGAUCGCUACAACCGCACCGUCGACGAGAAGCAAAAGGGGCAGUCGUACCAUGGCGCAGUCAUUAAUAGCACAAACUGCAGCAUUACCCGACGAAGAUGAUGAGAGCGACGACGAGGAAGAAGAACCCGCUGAGACUGAGGAAGCUGAUAAUCCACAAUGGCAAUUAUUUCAAACCAUUCGGACAGCUCCUAAUAAUCAAGGUGUAAGGAUGAGCGAAUAUUUUUGGAAGCUUCCAUCAAAGAGAUUAUAUCCUGAUUACUAUAAGAUGAUUAAAAAUCCUAUAUCUUUAUUACAAAUACGUACAAAGAUAAAGAAAGGCGAAUAUGGUACUGUUAGUGAAGUAGCUGGAGAUAUGAAUAUCAUGUUUGAGAAUGCUAAGAAAUAUAACAUGCAUACUUCUCGACUAUACAAGUGUGCUGUUAAAUUGCAAAAAAUAAUGCAGGAGAAAGUACAAGAACUCUUAGAAUUCGAUCAGGACUCCGAUUCGGAUAGCGAAUCCGAGAACAGUUUGCAGCAACCUAAAUUGAUUAAACGUGCGUCGAAUUUGUUGACACGAGGGAAAUACAAAGACAAUAUACCGUUGAAGAAGAGAUUGCACGCAUUAGUCAAGUGUGUUAUGGAAUACGUUUGUGAAGACGGUCGGCAGCCUAUGUUAAUGUUUAUGGAGAAGCCUUCCAAAAAAUUAUAUCCGGACUACUAUCAAGUGAUAGCGGAACCCAUAGACAUGCUGGCGAUCGAAGCUAAUAUUAAAGUGGAGAAAUAUCAAAGCGAAAACGAAUUGAUACUGGAUUUUAAGUUGAUGUUUAAUAAUUGCCGUCAAUACAACGAGGAAGGUUCAUUGAUAUAUGAAGAUGCUAAUACAUUGGAGAAAGUUUUGAUGGAUAAGGUAAAAGAAUUAGGACCCUUGCCGGAUAAUCCUAGAUCCAAAUCCACCGCAUCGACCCCAACCAGAAACGUCGGGAGACCGAAAAAAGUGAUACCGGUUCAUCUGCAAAAAUUACGAACCCUGUACGAUACUAUAAAAGACUACCACGAUGCAAAAGGGAGGCAGUUAUCUCUAAUUUUCAUGAAAUUACCAAAUAAAAAUGAAUAUCCAGAUUAUUACGAAGUGAUAAAGCAGCCUAUACACAUGGAGAAGAUAGCUUCGACUUUGAAGAAUAACGGAUACGACAACUUGGACGAGUUGGUGUCCGAUUUUAUAUUAAUGUUUGACAACGCUUGCAAGUAUAACGAGCCGGACUCGCAAAUAUACAAGGACGCCUUGAUACUUCAAAGAUUAGUGCUGCAAAGUAAACUGCAACUGAGCGAGGAUGAGGAGAGUGUACCUGACGUGUCGGCUGCCAUCCAAGAGAUCCUGGCGACGAUAUUUACCGCGCUUUACAAUCAUCAGGAUGAGGAGGGAAGAUGUUACUCCGAUUCUAUGGCGGAGCUGCCGGAGCACGAUAUCGUCGACGGCAAAAAGGUACGAGGGCUGUCGUUAGAUCUGAUUAAGAGGAGAUUGGAUCGAGGAGUUUACAAAAGGCUGGAUCGAUUUCAAGAAGACGUUUUCACGUGCUUGGAGAGAGCACGGAGGUUAUCGCGCACAGACUCGCAACCGUUCGAAGACAGCGUGGAACUCCAGGCAUUUUUCCUACGCACUCGUGAUGAAGUGACUCGCGGGGGAGAACUAUUACAGUCGCCGGCGUUAAAUUACACCCUCCUAGAGCUGUCUACUCAGGUAGCGGAACUUAAAAGAAUAAAACAGCAGCAAGAAUUGAAUCUACCUAACGAAGACGAAAGUUGCGAUGGAAAUGAGACAAAGGACUCUGAAACAAAUACGAAUGAAACAAAUAAUACCGAUAAUGGAGGUUCUAUGAGUUUCAAUCAAGAAGUAUACAGGGCUGGUGACUUUACAUACAUCGAGCCUACGGAGAGGGGCAUGGAAUAUAGCGUUGUUCUCAUAGAAAGACUUUGGACCAACGCGGAUGGCCAGCAGAUGUUGUACGGGAAUUUAUUUUAUAGACCCAGUGAAACGUAUCACGUGGCAUCGCGAAAAUUUCUGGACAAGGAAUUAUUUAAGAGCGACGCUCACGUAGCGGUACCCUUAGCGAAAGUAGCCGGCAGAUGUUGCGUUCUAAGUGUAAAGGAUUAUUUUCGAAUGCAGCCUGAAGGCUUCCAGGAAAAGGACGUUUACGUAUGCGAAUCACGUUACUCCACAAAAGCCCGAGCGUUCAAGAAGAUCAAGGUCUGGAAUUUCGAUCCCGAUCACUUGACUUUGGUUCCCAGAGAAAAACCAUUAGAACCGAAACGAGUGAUAUCGGUGUAUAAAGAACGAUUGGAGAAACAUAAAGAAGAAAUCGCCGAGCUGGAGGAGGGAGAAAAAUUAAUGGAAAAGGAAAGACCUAAUGUGAUACUAUAUAACCCGGAAGACACGGAGAACACGUAUUACGAACAGUACAGCAUGUGCGUGGGAUCUGUGAAAACCGGCGAUUUUGUUUACGUAGCGACAGACGGAGGCAGGCAACAAAUAGCACAGGUCGAUUCUAUAUGGUCAACCAAAGACGGGAAGUGUUAUUUCAAAGGCCCAUGGUUAUUGAUGCCUACAGAAGUGCCACAUGCGCCUACGAAAUUAUUUUAUAAGCAAGAAUUGUUUUUAUCUACCGUAGAUGGUACUCAUCCCAUAGUAGCUAUUGUUGGAAAGUGUGCCGUCCUUGAUUACGGAGACUAUAUAUGUAGCAGACCGACGGAGAUACCGGAGGACGACGUGUACAUUUGCGAAUCGUUUUACGACGAGAGUAAGAGCUUGAUAAAAAAGUUUGGCCAAGAGGGUUUAAAGAAGUUCAAUCACACGCCAGCGGUGACCGAAGACGAGAUCUACUUCUUCCGAAGGUCCAUUAAUCCUGCGAAGGUUUCGAGCGACGUGGCUCAGACGCAAAGUCAAGUCAAGUCCGUCACGCCCAGCUCGGCUCAAUUUGAAAUGGAAGCGUCACCAUUGUUACCGAAGCUGGAACCAGAUGUACUAAGCAUGGGGGUAGGAUUAGGAGUGGGAGUGGGAGUAGGAGUUGGGGAAGACAGCAUGGAUGCUGGUGGUCCACCAUCCGUUGGAUCUACGGAAGCUCAACCGGUGCUCUCCAAUACUCAGACACCUGUGUCGACUAAGAAGAAAACGGCGGGUAAGAAAUUAGUUACGGGCUAUAUUUUGUAUUCGAGUAAAAUGCGAACGCAGAUUACACAAAACAAUCCUGAAUCGUCCUUCGGAGAGAUUAGCAGAAUUGUUGGCAACGAGUGGAGGAAAUUGCCGGCGGGAGAGAAGCAAGCAUGGGAGGAGCGGGCGAUCAAGAUGAACGAGGACGGCGGCCAGCUGAAGGGCACGACUUCGGUGGGCACGAACUCCACACAGGACGUCGUGUACGAGUGCUGCUGGGACAAGUGCGACUGGCAGUUCGAGGACAUGACCGAUUGCAUCGAUCACUGCAUCGCGGAACAGGACGGUCAUGUGCAAUCGUCGUUCGUAAACGCUCCUAGCGAUGUGGAAUUUCAGUGCCAGUGGCGUGGCUGCGGCCGAACGAAGAAAUCUGUCCCGCCGUUCCCGAGUGUGCAGAGACUCGCGAGGCACGUUAAGGAGGUGCAUAUUCUCAAGUCGCACGGGCGCAUAAUACCACCUUCCGAGAGAAGCAGGAAUUACAUGGCCUCGAAAGGACCCACGGUACUGCCGCCGAUGGAGACAGAAACUUCAGCUGCCGCAACUCAGACAAGCAGCUUGCCCGCCACUAAACAGCCAGAGCCGAUGUUCGUCGCGGUACCACCAAGACCAAGUCGCGUAUUGCAUUCGGACGCUUAUCUGAGGUAUAUCGAGGGUCUAAACGUAGAGAAUCGCUACAUAUCAAAUUGGGAUAAGCAGAUGAACGCCAAUCCGGAUAAUACGCAGAUCCCCGAUGUGACGAAACUACCGGCCGAGUGGCUGGGUAACCGUUGGGAACCAUGGGAAUGUGGUAAACGCCUUGUGGACACUCAGAAACAUGAUGAUGCGGGAUGUGUUAGCCAUCAAUAAAACUUUAUAGUUUAUAAA